UGUUUUUAAAGGUUUGUCACUUCUGAUAUACUUUUACUGGAAGCUUAGGGAGGAUUUUGCUGAAGUCUUGGAGUGAUUCUUAUGUCAUACCUUCAUGCUUUAAAAUUUGACCAAAUUUAGCUUAACCCUGUUCUGUUUCCUCUUUCUUUCCCACCUCCUCCUAUCACUUUCACUCUGGGUUAGCUCGUGUUCACUGUGUACCCACACAAAUGCUUCUGCCUGUUGGAGAGCAGCUGGUACAGGAGCAGUGAUGUCUUUGGGUGUCAGUACAGGACUGAAAAAUAUGAUGACUCAGUCAGAUUUAGAUCUAAGAGAGACGGCUUUGAAAGAGGAUUUGAAGUUUUACUUCAUGAACCCGUGUGAAAAGUACAGAGCAAGACGUCAGAUACCAUGGAAAUUGGCUUUGCAGAUUUUGAAGAUACUUAUGGUUACAACACAGCUUGUUUUUUUUGGUUUGAGUAACCAGCUGGUGGUCUCCUUCAAAGAGGAAAACAUUGUUGCUUUUAAACACAUAUUCCUGAAAGGCUAUUCUGGAACUGAUGAAGAUGACUACAGCUGCAGUAUAUAUACACAACAAGAUGCUUAUGAUAGCAUUUUUUACGUUAUUAAUCAGUAUAGACACUUGAAGAAUACAUCCCUGGGGACACUUGGUUAUGAACAUGAAGAAUCAGGUUUAAAAAUCUGUAAACAACAGUACAAGAGAGGCACAAUGCUUCCUUCCAAUGAUACGUUGAACAUAGAUGUUUCUACUGAAACAGAAUGUAUCCUUUUAAAGCCAAAGGAACUAAUUGGUAAGAAGGCAGAACUGGAGCUGAACUCUUCUUUUUUCAAUCUGGAAUUUUACAGGCUUAUACAGGUUGAAAUCUCCUUCAAGCUGCAAGGCAUUGCUCUACAGACAAUCCAUGCCCGUGAAUUGCCUGACUGCUAUGCAUUUCAGAAUACUAUAACUUUCAAUAAUAGAGCCCACAGUGGAAAAAUCAAGAUCUAUUUUGAUAGUGACACUGAUAUUCAGGAAUGCAAAGACUGGCACGUAUUUAACUCAGUUCUCCAGAAAAACACUCAGUAUAUUCUAGUCUUUGAUGGAUUUGUCAUAUUGAGCUGCUUGGCUUCUCUCAUCCUCUGCACACGAUCCAUCAUUCUUGCCUGGAGGCUACAAAAGAGAUUUGUGAAUUUCUUCUUGGAGAAAUACAAGCGCUGUGUCUGUUACUCUGAUCGCCUGGAGUUCCUAAAUGGGUGGUAUGUCCUGGUAAUUAUCAGCGAUGUGAUGACAAUCAUUGGGUCAAUCCUAAAAAUGGAAAUAAAAGCCAAGAACCUCUCAAGUUAUGAUGUCUGCAGCAUUUUACUUGGAACAUCAACUUUGUUUGUCUGGGUUGGAGUCAUCAGAUACCUGGGAUACUUUCAAACCUACAAUGUGCUCAUUUUAACUAUGCAGGCAUCGUUGCCAAAAGUGCUAAGGUUCUGUUGCUGUGCUGGGAUGAUCUAUCUUGGCUAUACUUUCUGUGGCUGGAUUGUCCUGGGACCUUAUCAUGAAAAGUUUGAAGAUCUGAACACAGUGGCUGAAUGUCUCUUUUCCUUGGUCAAUGGUGAUGAUAUGUUUGCAACAUUUGCUCAAAUCCAACAGAAGAGUUCACUGGUGUGGAUGUUCAGCCGAUUAUAUCUGUACUCCUUCAUUAGUCUGUUUAUAUACAUGAUCCUCAGCCUUUUUAUUGCACUCAUUACUGACUCCUAUGACACCAUAAAGAAAUACCAACAAAGUGGUUUUCCAGUAACAGAUUUACAUGAAUUUCUAAAAGACCAUAGCAGUGCUGGCUACAGAAAAGAGAGAACUUCUUUUCCAUUCAUCUGCUGCUGCAGGAGACAACAGAGUGAUGACAACUUGAUACUUAUUAAUUGAUGGCUGCACAUUGAAAUCCACCACUGACAUAUGCAAAAAAAGCAUAGUGGCAUGGAGAAGGAUAAUUCUCCAAAUUGCAGUGGAACCUGCCAUCUGAAUCUGCCUCAUGAACAGACUGACUUGGCUAAUUAAACUUCUGGGGAAGAAAACAAUGUGGCAGCAGCUGGUUGACCAACAGGAGACCCAGAAGCUGUGUCUGGAGGACAGCUGUGAAGAAUUCUGUAUUCUUGCCUCAAAUUCUGUCAUGUUAGAGAAGACUGAUCCUUGAGCAUUGUCUGUGUAAGCUCUGUUUGCUAAUGAUCUUGAGGAGGAAGGAAAAUGGCCUUGAAUCAGCUGUUGUUGUUAAUAAUAAAAAGAAUGAUAUGAAAAUAAUUUUUAAAAAAUAAUCUUGUGAUUAAAAGUAUUAAAUAAAAAGAAGCCAAGAAGGGAGGAGUUUUUCAUUUAACUUGAUGCAUUCAGCCUGUCAUUUCUACUUAGCACAUUUAAUUUACUUGAAUUAAAUUUAUUUAAAACUAAAAAGCUGCACAAGUGGAAAGUAAUUGCUGUUUUCCCUCUUGUAUAUCAUUUUAACACAAACCACUUGUAGGUCAGUCUUUUCUUUAACAGCUUUACUAAAAAGCAGUUUGUUAUCCUUUUAUCUUUUUUUGGCUGUCUUUUCUAUUAUACCCACAAUAUUGAUUUGUACUGUGUCCAGAUUAAACUU